UCUAUCAUCGAAAAAAAAAAAAACAAAUGAGCAUCCAAAGCAGCAAACCAAAAUGCCAAGAAUGUCAUCUCUCGUUUCUCUUCGUUUAGACACUAGCUAAGACACCCAGCCUAAACCCUAUCCUGCUAAUUCCUCUCAUCAUCAUCAUCAUCAGCUAAACCGUAAAACAUGCCUUCUUCCGCUCACCACCUCGUUCUCUCUCUCCUAAAUUCUCUACCAUCACCGUCCGCCUCUUCUUUCUUCACCCACAAUCAACCUAGACAUUUACAUGCAGGUUUUUGGUUUUUCGGGGAUGAAGACAAAAGGGUUCUUCCCUUAAUAUGCAGUGCGGUUUCUAAACCUCGCACUCGAGAUUAUGCACCCUUGUUGCAUAAGAUUGUGAAAGAUGAUACACAACAAAAUGAAGAAACUCCUCCUACCAAUAAGGAUGACAACUCUGCAUCGACCCAGAUCAUCAAGGAACUUGUGGACUCCGUCAAGUCCAUGCUGUCUUCUAUGGAGGAUGGGGAGAUCAGCAUAUCAGCGUACGAUACAGCAUGGGUUGCCUUGGUCGAAGACGUCAAUGGAACUUGUUCGCCUCAUUUCCCUUCCAGCCUCGAAUGGAUUGCCAACAACCAGCUUGAAGAUGGCUCUUGGGGCUACAAGGACGUCUUCUCUGCCCACGAUCGAAUCAUCAGCACCCUAGCCUGUGUUGUUGCGUUGAAAUCGUGGAGUCUCCACCCGGACAAAUGCGACAAAGGAAUGAGGUUUUUCAGGGAAAACCUAGACAAAAUUGAAGACGAGAAUAGUGAGCACAUGCCUAUAGGGUUUGAAGUUACAUUCCCUUCUGUCCUGGAAAUAGCUCGGAGCUUAAACCUUGAAGUUCCUGAUGAGUCUCCUGUGUUGCAUGAGAUCUAUGCCUGCAGAAACCUGAAACUCUCAAAGAUACCGAGGGACAUACUGCACAAUGUGGCCACAUCACUGCUUUAUAGCCUUGAAGGAAUGGCAGGUCUCGACUGGGAAAAGCUUCUGAAACUCCAGUCCAGAGACGGGUCGUUUCUCUUUUCUCCGGCGUCUACUGCCUACGCAUUGCAGCAGACAAAGGAUCGAAACUGCAUGUCGUAUCUGUCAAGAAUAGUCCACAAGUUCAAUGGAGGAGUCCCUGUUGUGUAUCCAGUCGACUUGUUCGAACGCAUGUGGGCUGUCGAUCGCUUGCAGAGGUUAGGACUGUCCAGAUACUUCGAGCCGGAGAUUAAGGAGUGUGUUAGAUACGUAUCGAGGUAUUGGACGGAGAAAGGAAUUUCGUGGGUGAGAAACUCAGAGGUUCCAGACAUCGAUGACACAUCAAUGGGGUUCAGACUGCUCCGGUUGCAUGGGCAUAAGGUGUCGGCUGAGGUUUAUGAGUAUUUUAAGAAAGGAAGUGAGUUCUUCUGCUAUCCUGGACAGUCGAGCCAAGCUGUGACCGGAAUAUACAACUUAUAUAGGGCAAGUCAGUUGGCAUUACCGGAAGAGAAGAUCCUUGGGGAUGCUAAAGAGUUUGCUACUAAAUUCCUUAGAGAGAAACAAGCUUCUAAUGAGCUUUUGGACAAAUGGAUGAUAAUUAAGGACUUACCUGGAGAGGUGGGUUACGCGCUGGAUUUUCCAUGGUAUGCAAGCUUACCUCGACUGGAGACUAUAUUUUACAUUGAACAAUAUGGUGGUGAAGAUGAUGUUUGGAUUGGCAAGACUCUCUACAGCAUGCCCUACAUUAGCAAUAAUGUGUAUCUGGAGCUGGCAAAGCUAGACUACAACAAUUGCCAAGCAUUACAUCUCAAGGAAUGGGACAGCAUUCAAAAGUGGUACAAAGAAUGGAAACUCGAAGACUAUGGAUUGAGUGAAAAGAGUCUCCUCACGGCUUAUUUUGUUGCGGCAGCGAGCAUUUUUGAACCCGAAAGAGCUAAUGAGCGACUUGCAUGGGCUAAAACGGUAUGCCUAGUUGAUAUAAUUGUGUCUUAUUUUAAGGGAGAAACUUACGAUGAAGAUAAGAAGGCUUUCAUUUAUGAAUUCAAAACCUUUUCCAAUAUGCGAGACUAUGAGAAUGCAAGGAGGUCCUCCACAAACAAGACUGCAGGGCAAGGAAUUGUUGGGGCUUUGCUGGCAACCCUAAGCCAACUCUCAUCGGUCACAAUGGCGCUACAUCACCAAGACAUUACCGAAUCUCUAAGUCAAGCUUGGGAAAAGUGGCUACUGAAGUGGCAAGAGAAAGGGGAGAGGUACCGAGAUGAAGCUGAGCUACUAGUGGAAACAAUAAAUCAAACCGCUGGCCUUUCACUUCGGCAAAAGUUGUUGUCCGAUGCUCCAGAAUAUGAGCAGCUUUUCGGCCUAACUAACAAAGUUUGCAAUCAACUUCGCUAUUGCGAAAACCAAAAGAACAAGGUAAAUGGCAACUGCAGAACCAAAAUCAACAUGACAACCCCAGAAAUGGGAUCAUACAUGCAGCAAUUGGUGGAAUUGGUGCUAGAAAAAUCUUCCGAUGACAUAGAAUCCUUGAUUAAGCAAAGCUUUUUUACCGUAGCAAGGAGCUUUUACUAUUCUACCUGCUGCGACCCUGAAGUCAUUAGCCACCACAUUAACAAAGUACUCUUUCAGCGAGCAAUUUGAUGUAUGUGCAGAAUGUAAUAUUAGCUUCGUUGGGUCACCAUCUCUCCCUCUCCCUCUCUU